GUCACAGUCAGUCAGUUAGUUAGUUAGGUCUAAAAUGUACCGUUUCAGAAAUUUGCUAGCUUCUUCUGUUUUAAAAAAUAAGCAUGGCUUUCGGUUUAAAUCUUAUAUUAGCCUUACAAGUUCAAAAGCAGAAUUUCCCAUGCGUCACAUAGGUCCACGUGAGGAAGAUCAAACAACUAUGUUAGACUUUUUGGGUUUUAAAUCAUUAGAUGAAUUAAGUAACAAAGCUGUACCUGAAAAAAUAAGACUGAAAAAGCUGAUGGAAAUGGAUGAACCAAUCAGUGAAUAUGAAUUAAUGGAAAAAAUAAGAAGUAUUGCUUCAAAAAAUCAACUUUACCGGACAUACAUAGGAAUGGGAUACUAUAAUACUUGUGUUCCACACACUAUUUUAAGGAACAUAUUCGAAAACCCUGGCUGGACCACACAAUAUACUCCAUACCAACCAGAAGUUGCUCAAGGUCGUCUUGAAAGCCUCCUCAAUUUCCAAACUAUGAUAACCGAUCUUACUGGACUUCAUGUAGCCAAUGCAAGUCUCUUAGAUGAAGGCACAGCUGCAGCUGAAGGUCUUAGUCUGUGUUACCGGCAUAAUAAAAGAAAAACACUUUUUGUCGGUGACAAAGUUCACCCACAAACUUUGGGGGUGGUUGAAACAAGAGCUGAAUCUCUAGGUCUUAAAGUAGUAGUUUUACCACCAGCCAAGAUGGAUUUUAGUAACCAUGAUGUCUCUGGUGUUUUACUUCAGUAUCCUGACACAGAAGGAAACCUUGAAGAUUAUUCAGAAGUCCUCGCGAAAGCUCAUGAGCAUGGUACCUUAGGAGUCGUAGCAGCAGAUUUACUAAGUCUCUGUAUUGCAAUGGCACCUGCUGAAAUGGGAGCGGACAUUGCUGUAGGUUCAACCCAAAGAUUUGGUCUCCCAUUGGGUUAUGGAGGACCUCAUGCUGGAUUUUUCGCAGCCAAAGAAUCACUAGUACGCCUGAUGCCUGGAAGAAUGAUAGGUGUGACUAGGGAUGCUGAUGGUCAAGCAGCAUGUCGUUUGGCCCUUCAAACUCGAGAACAGCACAUUCGUCGUGACAAAGCCACCAGUAACAUCUGCACUGCUCAAGCUCUCCUAGCUAAUAUGUCUGCCAUGUAUGCAGUUUAUCAUGGUCCAAAAGGACUAAAACAAAUCGCUACUAGAGUUCAUGAGGCAACAUUAUUACUAAAUGCUGCACUCAAGGAAACAGGUAAUGUUGUACAUAACCAGCAGUUCUUUGAUACACUCAAAGUUACUCCCAAAUUAUCUCUUGAACAAAUUAAAAAUAGGUGUCGUCAACUGAAAAUUAAUGUCCGCUACUUUGAAGAUGAAGAUGUAGGAAUAUCACUUGAUGAAACUGUCUCGAUAAAAGACUUAAACGAUAUUUGUUGGAUUUUUGGCUACGAUGGAGAAAUAACAAAUUUUGAAGGUCAUACAUCUUUAGGAAAAUAUGACAUAGCUAACAGCAAACUUAAAAGAACAUCAACAUACCUCACUCAUCCAGUUUUUAACAGUCAUCAUUCUGAAACAAGGAUUGUCAGAUACAUGAAAUCACUGGAAAACAAAGAUAUUUCAUUAGUUCAUUCCAUGAUCCCUCUGGGAUCUUGUACAAUGAAAUUGAAUUCCACAACAGAAAUGAUGCCCUGUUCAAUGAGAGAAUUCAAUCAGUUACACCCAUUUGUUCCAUUAGAACAAGCUGAAGGGUAUAUGCAAUUAUUAGACGAACUACACAAAGAUCUUUGCACAAUCACAGGCUAUGACAGGAUAUCAUUUCAACCAAACAGUGGAGCUCAGGGAGAAUAUGCAGGUUUACGAGCUAUUCAAAGUUACCAUGCUUCUCGUGGAGAAGCACAUAGAAAUGUUUGCCUUAUACCUGUGUCAGCCCAUGGAACAAAUCCAGCCUCUGCCCAAAUGUGUGGAAUGGAUGUGCAACCAGUCCAUGUCAACAAGAAUGCUACCAUUGAUUUAGAACGACUUACUGAACAGGUAGAAAAGUAUAGCCAAAACUUAUCUUGUUUAAUGAUCACAUAUCCAUCCACUUUUGGUGUUUUUGAGGAUACGAUAGCUGAUAUAUGUGACCUGAUCCACAAACAUGGUGGACAAGUAUAUCUUGAUGGAGCAAACAUGAAUGCUCAAGUUGGGCUAUGUUGUCCAGGUCAUUAUGGUUCAGACGUAUCUCAUCUUAAUCUUCAUAAAACCUUCUGUAUUCCCCAUGGUGGUGGAGGACCAGGAAUGGGACCUAUUGGAGUAAAAGAACAUUUAGCACCAUUUCUUCCUAACCACCCAGUAGUUGCAACAGGUUCUGACAAUAUUAAAAGCUUUGGAACUGUAAGUGCAGGUCCAUUUGGGUCAGCUGCUAUUCUACCCAUAUCAUGGGCAUACAUAAAGAUGAUGGGAGCUAAAGGAUUAAGAAAAGCAACUCAAGUAGCAAUACUCAAUGCAAAUUACAUGAGUAAACGACUUGAAGGACAUUACACAACUUUGUUUAGAAGUGAGUCUUCUGGCCUGGUAGCUCAUGAAUUCAUACUUGAUGUACGAGAAUAUAAGAAAACAGCAAAUGUUGAGGCAGUGGACAUUGCAAAACGUUUAAUGGAUUUUGGUUUCCAUGCCCCAACAAUGUCUUGGCCUGUAAGUGGUACCCUCAUGAUAGAACCAACGGAGUCAGAAGACAAAGAAGAACUUGAUAGGUUCUGUGAAGCACUUAUUUGUAUAAAAGAAGAAAUUAAUGAAAUUGAAAAUGGAAAAAUGGACAAACGCAUAAAUCCUUUAAAAUUUGCCCCACAUACUCAAAAACAAAUCAUAACCGAAGACUGGAACAGACCAUACACUAGAGAGCAAGCAGCAUUUCCAGCAGCCUUUGUCAAAGCAGAGACCAAAAUCUGGCCAAGUAUAGGAAGAAUUGAUGACAUUUAUGGAGAUAGGCAUUUAGUUUGUACAUGCCCACCAAUAUUACCUGAUUUUUAAAAUAAACAUUUUAUAUAU